GAUUGGAUACAGUUCCGCGACCACCUCCGGGGGGUGAGCGCCUUCAUGGUGAACCGCCAGGUGCCCCGCGCGCUCCAGCAGAAGGUGCAGCGCUACCUGGAGUUCCAGUUCAGGCCCCUCCGUGGCGUGGGCGCGCAGCGCCCGGCCAUGGCGGAGGACGACGAGGGGAACGCCAAUCGCGAGGUCUUGGCGGAGCUCCACGAGCAGCGGCGUGAGCGCGAGCGGCUGGCCGCUGGGCGCGCGGAGGCGCUGCAGCCGGGCGUGCCCUGGUACGUUGAGGUGGUGACGGCCAUCCUGGGGAGCCUGGCUUUCUACGCGAACGUGGUGCUUCUCCUGUACGGAGACGAGCCGAACCUCUGGCACGAGGCGAGCAUCCUCCGCAAGAGCUCCGAGACGUGCUACAGGAGGAUCCACGGCGAGGACCCUCCGGUGAACAGUUGGCUCUGGUGGAUUCUGACAGUGGACGGCGACGUGUACCCGCAGGAUCUCUCCGUGCCCGGGGACCUGCAGGCCGUCGACCUGAUGCAGCACCACGACUACGGCGACUCUCCUCUCGAAGGGGAGGCAUCCAUUCUCUGGUACUUGGAGGAGAUCGCUCGAAGUGGAGAGGGUGGUCCCGUCCAGCGCCACUACAACUGGGCCCACCAGUUGAAUUCAGGUGGCGAUCGCUCGGUGCACGAGCACUUCUGCAUCAUGAAGGUUCUCGAGUUGGCUGCCGAGGUGGACCAGCUCAACAUCCCCACGCUGGUCUCUCUGGAGGCGCUCGGGCGGCGCGCCAUGCUGAUCGAGCAGGCGCACCUCAACUCCCCUGGCAGCCCCGACUACACCGGGGCCGACGAUUUCAUGGGAUGGGGUCCGGGCCGCGGCAGGGCCCUGGUCGCCCCGACUUUGGUCAAGCAUGUGGCAGAGAAGGCGCGUGACAAGGCGUCUGUGUAUAAGGAGUUGCGCAAGCACAAUGAAGAGCUACGUUUGAGGAAGCCGCCCAAAGGCCCCAAGAAGGAGGGCCAGGGCGGGUGGGGCCGAGAUCUAGGGCGCUGCCGGCCACGCAGCUGGGCUUUCUCGCUGGUGUCGUCGCUGAAGAGCGUGACGUCCCGCGGGAACUUCUUCCUCUACCGUAUGUCCCUCAGGGGCCAGUCGCUGGUUCCCACCUUCCCCGGGGAGUUCGGCAGCGAGUCCAGGGGCGACCGGGCCGCCGUUGACCACCUGUACGAGACCAUCAAUUCUUUUCGGCCGCCACCUCAGGCGGCCUCAGACGAGGAAGCCAUGCGUGCGCUUCUCGGCAGCAGAGUCCCUUAUGGCGGGGACGAUGACUUGACAGUGGUUCCCUACGACCGUGCUCUGGUGUCUAUCCCCGGUGACGGGCGAGUUCCCGUGCCCCUCAUCGAGGUGCUGCCGCCGGAUGCCGCAAAGAUGAUCGUAGAUUUUGACACCCACCUGCUCAAGGACGACAACCAGUGGGGAGCGGAGGUGGAGCGUGGUCUCGAACACAUCGGUUCCUACAUGGACCCUCGGCUCCGCUUCAGCCGCCGCAGUUAUCUCAACUUCAUCGGGGACCUGUUCAGAGGUGGGCUUCUCGCCUGGCGACGGGCCGACCAAGUUCGAGGUGGGAUCUCGGUAUUUUUUGCACGAGAGAAGUCGGGCAAACAGCGCCUCGUCGUCGACUGCAGACGCGUCAACGCCCGCUUCCGAGAGUGUCCUCGCGUGCCAAUGGGUUCGGGAUCUUCCUGGGCCGACGUCGUGAUGGACGCGGGCACUGACAUGUAUCUCUCGCUUAGUGACGUGAAGGACUACUUCUACGCCUGCGGUCUGCCGCCAGGCCUCGAGAGCUUCUUUUGCCUCCCCGAUAUCACUGGGGAAGAGCUGAAGGUGGUCACCCAGGGCGACCCCACCUUUGGAUACUUGUGGGGCUCCACGGCGGUCGCCCCCGCUAUGAAGGUGAUGCCGAUGGGGUGGACUUUGAGUUUCUUCUUCGCGCAGGUCUUGCACGCUCACCAGGUCCACCAGAUCAGGCCCUGGUCGCCCGGCGCGGUCAUGCAGGACCGCGCCCCUCCGCCUCCUUUCAGGACGGGGACCGAGCUGGCUCUGCCCUACUGCGACAAUUUCGUUGCGGCUGCCUCCUCUCUAGCACAGGCCGACGCUCUCCGAGAAGAUUGUAAGCGCCGGAUGACCUCGCUCGGCUUCGAGGUCCACGAGGAGGAGGCUGCCCGCCACUGGGCCGAGUCCUUGGGGUUCGCCAUCGACGGACUUACUGGGGAGCAUCGCCCUCGCCCUGUCAAGGCGUGGCGACUCCGCCAGGUCUGUCGUCGCGUGAGCCGCCAGCGACCCUGGCUUAGCGGUCGGCAGCUGGAGCGGCCCUUGGGACAUGCUACUUUCCAGUUUCUGGGGCAUCGGCCGCUACUCUCUGUCUUCCGCAGUUGCUACACCUUCGCGCAGUGCCACUACCUCCGGCCGCGGCGGCUCUGGCGGACCGCCGCCGAGGAGCUCCGUGCUGCCGCUGCUCUGCUGCCCUUUGCGCGGGCCAACAUGCGGCGGCCCUGGGCUUCGGAGGUGGAGGUGUUCGACGCUAGUCCUGCUGGCUGCGGGAUCAUGGCGGCGACCUUGCCGAAUGAGGUGGUCUCUGAGAUCGGGAAGGCCUGGCCCGCCUCAAGCUUCUUCGAGGCUCGGGCUCGGGGCCACCCGCGGCAGCUCGAGUGGGUGAUGAGACGACUGCUGCCGCCUACACAGGCCAGGCGGUCCCACGGCGAGGCAUCUGCUGGUCUCCCACAGGGGCCCGCCGGCAGCCGCCCAGUCAAGGAGCCGCGGGUCUCUCGCGUGCUGCAGGCGCCGCAUCGCCAGGCGUGCUCCGCCUCCCGCGACGACAGCCGGGGGCUGCCGCCCCCGACGCACCGCCGCCUGGCGGGUGCCGCCUCAGCGCGGGCGCUGCCCGCCAACGCCGACCGGAGCCGCAAGCUGCAGAUCCUGGCGCGGCGGGCGCGGGCGAGGGCCCGCCGAGCGGCCGUCGAGGAGGAGCUCGAGCUGGAAGGGAUCAUGGUGAGCCUCCUCGAGAUGAAGUCCGUCGGCAAGCAGUCGAUCCCCUACUAUCUCCAGAAGUUCAGGGAUCUCUUGGACUUCGUGGUCGACCACGGGUUCGACCUCCACAAGGGCGAGGACGUGGACGAGGCGUUGGUGCAGCUGAUGGACCUGAUGUACUUGGAUGGGUGGCAGGUCGAUCAGGGCGAGAAGCUGCUCGCGGCGGUGAAGCUCGGGAUCCCGCGUUUCUCCAGAGCGGGGCUAGGCGGCCUGCCGCGCGCGGCCCGCGCCCUCCGCGGCUUUCGGAAGGCCGCUCCCGUGGCCUGCCGCUUCGGGCUGCCGCAUGCGUGGGUCGUCGCGAUCAUCGCGGCGAUGCUCUGGCGCGGGAGGCUGGAGAGCGCCCGCCGGGUGGUGGUGAUGCACGAUGCGUACCUGCGCACUGGCGAGGCGACGCGGCUCCGGGCUGAGGACUUCGCCCCACCGGUCGGAGACCAUCGCGGCCGCGAGCGCGGCGCGAUCAUCCUCGGCUCCUCGAGCGCCGGGGCCCCCACCAAGACGGGCGUGCUGGACGACGCGGUCACCCUGUCGGACUGGGACUUUCCAACCAGCAAGGUACUGGAGCUUUUGAUGGCCCAGCGAGCCCCGCACGAGCCCCUGUUCGUCGCGAAGCCCGCUGCCUUCAGGAAGGACUUCGAUCAGGCGUGCCUCGACCUCGGACUCGACAAGCGGAACCUCACGAGCUACCAGCUCCGCCGCAGCGGCCCGAGCCGAGACGCCCUUCUCGGGCGCCGCGCGCUUCCCGACAUCAUGAAGCGCGGCAGGUGGGCCACUCUCUCGUCGGAGAAGAGGUGCGAGAGGCGCGGAGUAAUGCAGAAGGCGCUGGCCAGCAGCCCGAAGGAGCUGCUCGACUUCGCCGCGGCUGUCGAGUCCUCCAUCGCGGGGGCGCUCCUUGGACGGCCGUCCCGAGUGGCCAAGCCGCCCCGUGCCUGCAGCGCCGAGUUGCGGCCGAGAUCUUCUCCGGCUCAGGGCAACUCGCCCGCGCUCUCGCUCGGGGCGGAGUCCCCACUGAGGCUUAUGACGUCGCCGAUGGCCCUGGUGCUGAUCUGUUGCGGCCAGGCGUCGUGA